AUGCAAGAUCCGAUGGUUAGAUCUUACAUUAGGUCAGACAAUCCGCGAAUGCACUGGACCGACGAUCUUGAUAUCCGUUUUAUUCAAGUUAUUGAAAAACUCGGUGGCGAAGAGAGUGCAACUCCUAAGAGAAUUUUGAGUCUUAUGGGUGUGAGAGACCUCACAAUAUCACAUGUCAAAAGUCAUCUCCAGAUGUAUAGGAACAAAAAGAAAGAAGAAUCUAGUAAAGAAAUAAAAAUGAUGCGGGAGAUGACACAGAGGCAAUCUCAGCAAUAUCUUCAAAUCUAUGAACGUGCUACCCAAUUUAUCCAAAAUCAACAAAGGCUACAACUGGAUAAUACUGAGAAGAUAACCCCAGUUUUGGGAUCAAGUAACAAGUCUCUAGAUCAAUCUUCAAAGGUUGGACUAAAUGAAAACAGAGGCAAUGAUGUUGUUGUUGUUGGUGGUGCAACUGGUGAAGAAGAAUUGUCCCUUGAACUCACUCUUGGUCGCAAGUACUAAGAGGAGUUUGGUUUCUAUCUUUUUUUUUAUGCUUGCUCUCUAUUUUAUGUAAUGCUU